AGGGGCUGUUUCCUAUUGGUCCCCACACUCUCUGUAAGAAUUGUCACCUUAUUAAAGUAGCAUGCACUCUCCUCUGGAGCUGGAGCUGGUGCUGGAGCUGAGGGGAGAAGCAGCCAGGACUCUCACUAGACAGUGAACCACAGUUGCUGCUAUGGCCGGAAAGCCCGUGCUUCACUACUUCAAUGCCCGGGGCAGAAUGGAGUGCAUCAGGUGGCUCCUGGCUGCAGCAGGGGUGGAGUUUGAAGAGAAGUUCAUACAGAGUCCAGAAGAUCUGGAAAAGUUAAAAAAAGAUGGGAAUUUGAUGUUUGACCAAGUGCCCAUGGUGGAGAUUGACGGGAUGAAGCUAGUACAGACCAGAGCCAUUCUCAACUACAUUGCCACCAAAUAUGACCUCUAUGGGAAGGACAUGAAGGAGAGAACCCUGAUUGACAUGUACACAGAAGGUAUUGUAGAUCUGACUGAAAUGAUCAUGCAUCUGAUACUAACUCCCCCUGACCAAAUAGAAGCCAAGACUUCUUUGGCAAAAGACAGGACCAAAAACCGCUACUUGCCUGCCUUUGAAAAGGUGUUGAAGAGCCACGGACAAGACUACCUUGUAGGCAACAGACUGACCAGGGUGGACAUCCACCUGCUGGAACUUCUUCUCUAUGUCGAAGAGCUUGAUGCCAGCCUUCUGACCCCUUUCCCUCUGCUGAAGGUGAGACCACCUCAGAGAGGCAGCCACACACAUGCCUAUGACAUUACAAUGGUGGCCGGAGGGCUGAGGUCCCACCCUCUGGUCUGCAAACUGAGCUACCAGACCCUCAGUUUGAGGCUUGAAAAUAAUCUUUUUAUGUGUGGAGAUCUGAGUAUAGUAUCCUAGGAAGAAUAUUUUGCC